CGGUAUUUUUGUGUUAGUAGCAUCCAAUCGUCUUUGCGGUAUUCCCCGUGUCAAAAGCUCCGCUUGGAUUUUUGCGUUCCUCUUUCCCCUCCCACCCACGGCCCCACUUUCGAGCAUCUUUUUGUCCGCUUUUUCUCUGUCUCUCUAAUGCUGAGACCUCAUCAUUAUCUGCUCUGUAAAACUCUGCGCAGGAAACCGUUCUGAUCUACGUCUCUGCGUUUUUUUAAACCCUAGCCUCACCAUUAAUUCGCCGAGGUUCGCGCUCAAAGUUGAUCAGAAUUUCGCACAUUCGAGGCAUCGCUCGCCCAUCGGGUUUGUUGCGCUUAAGCCAAAGCUGCUCACGGGAGCUCAAGUGCAACCUUUUAUCUUUAGGUCUCUUCCGGAGCUCUUACUCUUUCAUGGCUGGUGACUUCACUAAUGGCAUUGCUGAUGGAGGCCCAAACAUCGAUGCACAGCCUGAUCCUCAGAGGACAUAUCAGGCUGUUGUAGCUGCCACUCGCAAUUGCGGUAUUGGCAAGAAUGGAAAAUUGCCUUGGAAACUGCCAUCUGAUCUAAAGUUCUUCAAAGAGCUUACUAUAACAACUGCCGAACCUGGCAAAAAGAACGCUGUCAUCAUGGGCAGAAGGACUUGGGAAAGUAUUCCUCUUGCUCAUCGCCCUCUUCAUGGACGUCUAAAUGUUGUCCUUACCCGCUCCGGUAGUUUUGACAUUGCCACUGCAGAAAAUGUUGUGAUAUGUGGCAGUUUAGGCUCUGCUCUCCAACUUUUGGCAUCUUCACCUUAUUCUCUAUCAAUUGAGAAAGUGUUUGUCAUUGGAGGUGGUGAGAUUUUCAGGGAGGCCCUUAAUGCCAAUAAAUGUGAGGCUAUUCAUAUAACUGCAAUCGAAGCAGACAUUGACUGUGAUACUUUCAUGCCACCUAUUGAUAUUACUGCAUUUCAGCCCUGGUACAUGUCAUUCCCCUUGGAAGAAAAUAAGAUCCGGUUUUCCUUUAACACAUUUGUUCGUGUGAGGAGUUCUGAAGUGGAUGUCCUUACUCAGAGUGACAUUGUCACUCUUGAUAGCGGCUCAGAUCUUGAAAAGUUUGAUACUAGAGCAUUUUCUUUCUUGCCUAAGAUGAUUUUUGAGAAACAUGAAGAAUACAUGUAUCUAAAGCUGGUUGAGGACAUCAUAAAAAAUGGUGUGUCUAAGGAUGACAGGACCGGGACUGGUACCCUGUCAAAGUUUGGUUGCCAGAUGCGGUUCAAUCUGCGGAAGUCCUUUCCACUUCUUACAACAAAGAAAGUAUUUUGGCGCGGUGUCGUUGAAGAACUUUUGUGGUUCAUAAGUGGUUCUACAAAUGCUAAAGUUUUACAGGAGAAGGGCAUUCACAUAUGGGAUGGAAAUGCAUCAAGAGACUACCUUGACAGUAUUGGUCUAGAGGAUAGAGAAGAGGGCGACUUAGGACCUAUUUAUGGAUUCCAGUGGAGACACUUUGGUGCUAGGUAUACAGACAUGCAUGCUGACUACACCGGCCAGGGGUUUGAUCAACUUCUUGAUGUUAUCAACAAGAUUAAGAACAAUCCAAAUGAUCGGCGUAUUAUUCUUUCUGCAUGGAAUCCUUCUGAUCUCAAGUUGAUGGCACUUCCUCCUUGCCACAUGUUUGCACAGUUUUAUGUGGCCAAUGGUGAGCUGUCAUGUCAAAUGUACCAACGGUCUGCUGAUAUGGGUCUUGGGGUGCCAUUUAACAUUGCUUCUUACUCCCUUUUGACAUGCAUGAUUGCUCAUGUUUCAGGUCUUGCUCCUGGUGAAUUUGUUCACGUCAUUGGUGAUGCUCAUGUUUACACAACUCAUGUCACACCUCUGCAGGACCAGCUUCAAAAGUUGCCAAGGCCUUUCCCAGUACUGGAGAUCAAUCCUGAGAAGCAUGACAUAGAAUCCUUCAUUGCUACUGACUUCAAGCUAAUUGGCUAUGACCCGCACCAGAAAAUAGAGAUGACGAUGGCUGUUUAGAAAAGUUUCCAAUUUUACGUGGGGUGAAUAAACUUGAGAUUCUCUCCACAAGAUAUUUUACUUUCUGAUAGGUAAUGCUGCUUGAAACAUUAACAACAGGUUAUAUUCCAACACAUACCUUAAGAACAAUAGGGAUUGUUGAAUCCUUUAGUUCUGCGUGAUACCCGUUGCUCUAAAGUGAUUUAGAAUGUGUUGUUUGGUAUCCUUCUAUUGUAUUCCUUGUAGCGGUUUAUUUUUAGCCCCCCUACUACCCCUCAAAAUUUUCCAUUUAUGGAAAAAAUCCAUACACAGUAUAGUUAUGCUGCUAUGUACAAAGUUGCAAUUGCUGUGUAGAAUAUUGCAUGCUUGUCUUUCCGAUUAUCA